UCAGUAAGCGUUGGUCUGCACGCUGGACUACUUCAGCUAUCACUACUACUACGACUACUACUAUUACUACUACUACUGAUUUUCCUACCCCUGCUACUAUUACUACUACUACUACUGCUAACACUGCUACUACUAUCUAUAUAACUACUACUACUACUACUACUACUACUAUUACUAUUGUUAUUUUCUUUUUCCUACUUAUUCCUAUCUAACCUACUACUACUACUUCUACUACUACUACUACUGCAACCUCCACCACGGCUGCCUACACUACCACCACCACCACCACCACUACUACUACUACUACUACUAGUGCUACUACUUCUACUGCUCAACACGACGAAAUAUGGCGCAGCGGUUUCCAGUACUCAGAUUUCACCAUGUACAACGAAGCCCCCACCACUAACUCCCCCCACGCCGGAACCUACCACUACUUCCCCGUCAGCCAGUGGUCCAAUGAGCAAGUCCUGGAAUGGUUACGACAGGUCUGCCACGAGAACAACAUUGGAUGCGACAAUCUGACAGGCUUCACGGACUGUACGGGGCACCAGCUGUGUUCCAUGACGCAGGCCCAAUUUUCCGAGCUCCACCCCCUUCACGGCGCUUUGUUCUUCAGGAAGCUGCGGGAGUUUAGCGAGAACCAGCAACGGCAAGAACGCUACCACUACCACCACCACCACUACAGACACCACCCACACCACCACCACCACCACCACCAGGCCUCCCCCCCGCCCCCACAGCUGAUCCAACACCCCGCAAAUGGCACCACUUUCCACGAACUCCUCCCGAGGCACCCCGCGGGUCACCCCAACUUGAACCCGUGGCAGGACUCGACGCCGCCCCCCCACACCCCGCACUACCAACCCACGGAGCAUUACUACCCCAGUGAGGGAGCGCUGACCCCCACUACGGACUACGGGGGGGUGUCUAUGGGGGGCUACCAACCUGCGUACCCUUUGCAUAAUGAGUUUGAGUCCUCCACUAUUUCCCCUCCCGUACACCUUUCGACUCCUAACGCUCAUCAAGGAUACCUCCCCGCCCCCCUACCGUCCGGCCCCCCUCAUGGCGUGCCCCCCUCGUCCCCGACCCCCUCUGAGGUUCCGUCCCCCCUCUGCUAUCAACAGGAGACGCGGAGAGACAGAGGUCCAAAGUUAUGGGAAUUUUUACUUGAUCUACUCGAGGACCCGAAUUCGAAUCCCUCUAUCAUACGUUGGGAGAACCAAGGGGACAGAACCUUCCGCCUGACCAGCCCACACGAGGUCUCAUACCGCUGGGGACAGAGACGACCAAGCCAGAACGCCCUUCCCUAUGACUAUUUCGCCCGUGCUUUGAGGUAUCACUAUCGGACCGGCAUGUUGAUCUCGGUCCCGGAAAGGAAGCUGGUCUACAAGUUCGGCCCCGCUGUGUUCCAGCAGCGACGGAGAGGUCCUAACAGCCCCUCCGAUAACACUCCGGGGCACCCCUCACCGUGAAGGAUCCCCACGGCGCAUCCUACAGGACUCCAGGAUCAAGUGGACUCCUCAAGGGAUAUCGUAGGACUUCUAGACUGAGCUGUCGUAACGCUGAUUUCCUACGUCACGCAUCAUGGAGGACUCCUAGGACGUCCGGCGCAUUCUACAGGACUCCAGGAUCUAGCGGACUCCUUAAAGGAUAUCGUAGGACUUCUAACUGAGCUACCGUAACGCUGAUUUCCUACGUCACGCAUCCUUCAGAACCACUAGGACGUCCGGUGCAUCCUACAGGACUCCAGGAUCAAGUGGACUCCUUGGCGACCCCGACAGGAUAUCAUAGGACUCCUAGAGUGAGCACUGUCAUAAACACAGAACUCUAGGACUCCGUUUAUCCUACAGGACUUCAGCCCUUCGCGUGGCAUUCUAUAUAGGACUCCAGGAACCCACUCCUCUCUCCCUGAAGGAACUUAGACACUGACCUUUGAAUCCUAGGAGAGGUGACACGUGUGGCAUAUCCUGCAGGAGUCCUAUGGGGGUCCUACACUGAGAUCCUUCGAUGAUGUCUGAGGGGGAAAGGGAAAGAAAUUGGAAAAAAAUACGAGAAAAAAAGAAGAAAAGACGAAAUACAUAAAAACGAAUAAAUUAAUAAAAGGAAGAAGAGGAAGGAAUAUAUGAUAACGAGUAAAGGAAGAGAGAAAGGAAAUAAUAAAUAAAUAAUAAUAAUAGAAAAAAGAGAAAAAAAGAAGGAAUACAGAGAAGGAAAAUUAAUAAUGAAAGAAAGAAAAGAAUACAGUAAAAAAUAAAGAAAUUGAGGAGAGAGAAGGAAAAUAGAGAAAAUAAGUAUUACCAGAAAAAGAAAAAAAAUUAAAAUCAAGAAAAUCAAGAUACCAAAACAAUAGACAAUAAAAAUAAAUAAAUAAAAACUUGCAGGAAAAAGAGAAAAACAAGAAAAUCAAAAAAAUAAAAACAAUGAAAAAAUCUACAAAAAAAUCAUCUUGUAGGAAAUAAUUAAAGAAAGAAAACAAGGAAUUAAGCAAGUAAGAAAAUAAAAUAAAAAUGAAGAAAAUAAGAACAAUCAAAACAAACAAAAAAAUAUCUUGUAGGAAAUGAUAAAAAAAACAAGACAAUCAACCAGUGCCUAAACAGUGCCAUUAAUACAAGCUUCAGUGCCUUCAAACAGUGCCUUUAAACAGUGCCUUGUGUAUUAACUCUGAGUCGAAAACAAGGUCAAUACAGGUUCAAUACAAGAAAUACAUCAUGUCCUUGUGGGGGGGGGGGGGGGGGGAAGGGGCCAUGUUUUGUGUGUGUGUGUGUUUCCUGUUCUCUUUCUGUAAUAAUCUUUUCCUCAAUUCUUCUUUAUCAUUCUCUUCAACUCUGUCUAUAUUUCCAACCCCCGCUCGCUCCCUUACCUUUCUAUCUUUUUAUCUAUCUGUCUAUGCAAAGUUGUGAUAUAUCCUGUACAUACUAGCAUUUCGUUGUUUAUAUAAUUCUAUUUUGUUGCUAUGAAUAAAUAAAUAAAAAGCCUUGGGCCAUCAUGUGAUAUAUACAUUCCGUUUUGUUAUAGGAGGAAGUGUUAUGAGGUUGUUUACUGUGUGUGUGUGUGUGAGAGAGAGAGAGAGAGAGAGAGAGAGAGAGAGAGGCUUAUUUAUAAAGAUAGCCGAAUUAUGUACAAGUUGCUAUAUUAAAACCUUUAUAGGAAUGA